AAGAUACAUGACGCACUAUUAUACAGCAUGGUUUAUAUGACCUCUUUCAGAAUAAUUUGUUCUGUGAGUAACCAGAAUGAACAAGGCUCUGUGAGACGUGGAUAGUCAAACCUGUUUGAAGGAAGACUGUCGUUAUACUGCAAGCUUCUCCGAAAGUUUGAUUUUACACGCUGCAACAGUCAUAAGCCGCAGACCUGCCAACGCGCUGCGGCAGAGCAGAUGCUCCCUGUAAUUGUUUUAACAAGUAGGCACAAGUAAUCCUAGUUCAAUUACGAUGGCACCUGUAGUAAAGAUUCGGCAGUUCCUUGCUUCCAAGGCCAACGGCAACGCUCCUGGACAAGAUGUCAGAGUGUCAACACCUCUUUUGAGGUUGAAACUCCAAUCGCGGACAACGACACCAACUGUGACGCCGGGCGGCAAAAGCGAGCCCGUUGAACAAAACCAGGCAACCCUUGAUGCAGCUGUAAGAGCCUCAACGACAUCGGCGGUUGCUGACGAGCAUAUUAAGGAGUCUGGGCAGGAAUCGAUUGGGACGAACCUAAAGCUUACCGUUAUACAGGUGCCGCUGCUUCCCAAACCCGAAGUGGCAAGGCCCACUCCGCCGGCCGACCCCAAGGCGCUCCUGCAGCGCCUUCACGACCUCCGAACAGCCGGUGAUAGCCUUCUGGCGUCCCAGGCGGGUGCGAAGCGCAUAGGUGGGCCCAUCCCCGCUUUCCCCCCCAGUCCAAGUCCGCAUGCAGGACCUUCAGCUGCCAUGACAGCUGCGAUCCCCCAGGGCUUUUCCUUCCGUUCACCCGCAAAAACAACACGCACGGCCAUCACCGCGGCUGUUGCCCAAUCGGAACACCAGCUAAUGAACCCGCGCAUGCCCUACACCACACUUCCUGCCUCACCGAGCGCCCGAACGCCUGGUUUCGGGACGGCUUUUGGCGCCGCUACCUCCCAGCCCUAUCCCAGCUCUGGCCCCAGCCCCCCUUCAAUGGUGGGUCUUAGAGAGCAGGAGCUCAAGGACACCGGCGGCGGUUUCCUGACCCACUUCGCUGACCCUCGGGAGCUUUGCACACCGGCACCACGGCGCGCUGCAGGUGGUUCCGGCAGUUCAGCAGCUGCAGCGGCUCCAAAGGGAGGGAUCACAACUGGUGGCGGCCAUGGAGACGUCGGGACACUGCGGCUGAGUAAGGCCCGUGGGUGCUGUGCGUUGAUGCGCAAAGGCAGCGACAUGCAUAACGUACAGGUUUGGAUCGAGGCGGCGCAUAAGGGCUGUGUCAGCUUGCCCGGGCCCUGCGACUUGAAAACUACAGCUAUGCGCACGACCAUAAGCAUGGGCUUGUGUGGUCCGAGUGCUUUCCCUACAGCCUUCUCGGCCUUCGACCUGGAUGCGCAGGCCUCCUGCGAGCCAUUUGGCAACGCAGAGUCAAUGCCCUGGCAACCUCAACCUCAAACCUCAACCUCAAACCUUGCCAGCUGUACGACAUUUUCUGUUCCCUGGAACAAUUUCCUGGAGUCCAGCGAUCGGCCCGCCGGCGGUAGUAGCAGCGCAGCAGAGCCAGCGGCGACGGCGGCGCUGACAAUGCCGUACGGUCUCGGCGUCGGGACACAGGCAUCCACUUCGUCUUCGGGCUGCACAACAGGUGUUGGCGGGGCCGUCGCGGAUACGAUGACGCCGCCCGCCACGACAACCAGCUCGGUUUGGGCUCAACUAACACAACCGAUACAACCGUCCGCCUCGGCCUUGGGGUUUGCAGCCAUCCCGGGCACCGUUGCCGCAGUCAGUGGCAGCGGUGGCAGCGGCUUCCUGGGCGCCACGACGCAGUUGUCAGGGCUAAGACACGCCUUGGAGGACGACCGAAACACACUGUACAACAACCCGCAGCAGCAGCAGCAGCAGCAGCAGCAGCAAGCAUCGGGGUCCCCUUCAUGUAGCCAGCCAUCAAACACAGUCGGCAGCACCGGUAAUAGCAACGCGAAAAAUCGAGACGCGCAGCGCCGCUUUCGACAACGUCAACGGGAAGCCUUUGCGGCGAUGGAGCUCAACGUGCGGGAGCUGGAGCAGCAGCUGCAGUCCCUGAGGCGCGAGAAGCGAAUGGUGGAGCAACACAAUGAGGUGCUGUUGAAGCAACUACGCGCGUACGAGCAAAAGGCAGCGCAGCACGAGCAGGAUAAGCAGGACAGAGCUUUCGGCAACAAGGAGGACAACGACCCGUCGUUAUUCCCAACGACCUUUUUCCUGUUGUUGUUGGCGGUGGUGACGCAGCUGGUGGCGAUUUCGAAACCUCUCUCCAUGCGGGCCCAGGUUCAGACCGUGGGCUUUCCGGGCAUGGACAGGCAGAACACCCAAAGCCGUGCCUCCGUCCAACAUCACGCACUAUCCCUGGCCGUAGUUAGUAAUAGCCGUAGAAAGCUCGUAAAUGUGUCAUACCUAGCCAUUGCCGAGUGGCGCGGCGCCGAUGUGGCCCCACAUGUGUGUUUUCUCCCUCUCCGUGUGGGGCGAUCCAUCUCCGUGUGGGGAGAGAGCCUUACCAGUGGCUUACGAGGCCCAGUGGGACGGAACUCUUUAACUAACAAGCAGUAG